ACACACCUGAAGUGCAUCAGUAAUGAUUGUUUGCGUCUUGGAAGCUCAUCUGAUGGCAAACUGUGGGAUUAACGGUGUUUUUUUAAUUCUUGGGUUUAUUUUAUAUUUAUGUAGUUGUUUGCGUUAGUCAGAGAAUGCGGGAAAAGCGAAAUAUCCCUUCGGGGAAACGGGACAGGAAAGAAGCUCUGAAAAAAAUCCGGAUAUGAUGAAAAGUUCUCGGCUCUCCUCUAAAGAAAAAAAAAAAGAGUGAAAGAAAGUUUGGGACGUCAGACUCGUCUGCGCGAAGUCAAACUUUUUGGACAGCAGGGAAGCACGACUCGUCUCGAAAAGUUUUCGGUAUCGGGCGGAGAAGGGAUGGGGACGCGUCACAUUUGAGGAGAAGGAGGUGACAUGUUAUGAAAGCCGCAUGAAGCGACUUUUUCUCCCACCGCUGAAGAGCAACUAGAGAGCGGAUAGACAUCGAAAGACUGGCGUGCUCAUGUCCACGGAGACCGGCGAGCCUCCCCUUGGGCCAGCGGGGCCGGACGGGAGCCCCCAGCCGGCGACCAGCUCCCUUUUGGUGCCCCACACUCACGAUGCCUGUGUCUCCGAAGCUUCAGGACCAUCUUCCAGUCAUGUGACCCAGGAGGACCACUGCGAGCCAAUAAAAAGUCAACCUCAGAGUGAAAAGGGACAAAACGGCGUCGGCCUGACCGUUCCCGGCGCACCCGGCGACCUCGAUGCCGUCCACCCCGGUGUGAGGACCACGUGCAAAUGUUCACGCGCAAACGCCGCGGGGUCCAGCGCCGCAGGAGGCCAAACCUGCCCCACGAGGGUGGCGGCGGCGCAGCCGGAGCCGUCCACUCCGGUUUCCCAGACGAUGGAGCGGAAGUUGAGGUCCAGCCUGUCAGUCAACAGCGACGGCAGCCGGCACAGUAAAGGAAGCUCGACGGAGUCGCCAAGACCGCCUUUACCAGAAGACUGCUGCGUCCACUGCAUCCUGGCGUGCCUCUUCUGCGAGUUCCUGACGCUUUGCAACCUGGUGGUGGCGCCGGCGUGGUGCGGCCCGUGCGCGUCCGAGUCGUGCUGCUGCUGCUGCUGCUGCUGCGCCGAGGACAUGGGCGACGACUGCAACUGCCCCUGCGACAUGGACUGCGGCAUCAUGGACGCCUGCUGCGAGUCGUCGGACUGUUUGGAAAUCUGCAUGGAGUGCUGCGGCAUCUGCUUCCCCUCGUAGGGGCGCUUUGGCCUCGCCUUUUUGGAUAACUGGAGCCUGGGUGGAUAACUGGUUCAGCAGUGGAGGGGGGGGGGGGGG